UGAGCCUCGCCAACACGGUGAAACCCUGUCUCUACCAAAAAUACAAAAAAAGAAAAAAAGUAACUGUAACCCCAACUACUCGGGAGGCUGAGGCACGAGAAUCGCUUGAAUCCCGGAGACUGAGGUUGCAGCGAGCCGAAAUCGCGCCACUGCAGUCCAGCCUGGGCGAAAGAGAGAGACUCCGUCUCAAAGAAAAAAACAACAAAAAAACCCUGCAUGUCUAUAUUUUCGAAUUUGUGUGUAAGACGUCUUAAUUGUAUGCGUUAAAUUAAAAAAGGACAAAAGGAAUGGAACUACCAACAGCGACUAAGUCAGUAAAAGAGUGGUAAUGGGCAAGGGGGUGGAAUAUACGCAGGCGCAAUAGCAAGCGUUUCUUUUGGAGGUUAUUUUCGUGUCAUAAAUUUCUAAAUUCACGUUAAGUCUUACAAGAGCAUGUUAAACAUUAAAACAUAAGAUUGUUUCUGGUCAAUAAGGGGUCUAUAAAAAAUAAAGCAAUAAGGUGUUUUGUUUAAUUUUAUGCCUUAAAAAAGAAACAAAGAAACGGAACCCUCAGCUAAGACUUUUAAAAGUCAGUAACGGGGGGAUGGGAGGAGUCAAAUAUACGUAGGCGCAACAGCGAGGGAUCGGUCUGAGGCGGAUCUAGAAUUUCAUUAAAGGACAGCUCGUACAGCCAAUCAAGGACAGAGUCGGUGGCUUCUUCCCGGAGGAGACCGGAAGUUGGUUUCGGCUGCAGAGGGGAAGGCGGUUACCAGUGUAAAGCCAGAGCUGAGGUUCUUGAUAGUCCACAAUGGGUGAACCACAGCAAGUGAGUGCACUUCCACCACCUCCAAUGCAAUAUAUCAAGGAAUAUACGGAUGAAAAUAUUCAAGAAGGCUUAGCUCCCAAGCCUCCCCCUCCAAUAAAAGACAGUUACAUGAUGUUUGGCAAUCAGUUCCAAUGUGAUGAUCUUAUCAUCCGCCCUUUGGAAAGUCAGGGCAUCGAACGGCUUCAUCCUAUGCAGUUUGAUCACAAGAAAGAACUGAGAAAACUUAAUAUGUCUAUCCUUAUUAAUUUCUUGGACCUUUUAGAUAUUUUAAUAAGGAGCCCUGGGAGUAUAAAACGAGAAGAGAAACUAGAAGAUCUUAAGCUGCUUUUUGUACACGUGCAUCAUCUUAUAAAUGAAUACCGACCCCACCAAGCAAGAGAGACCUUGAGAGUCAUGAUGGAGGUCCAGAAACGUCAACGGCUUGAAACAGCUGAGAGAUUUCAAAAGCACCUGGAACGAGUAAUUGAAAUGAUUCAGAAUUGCUUGGCUUCUUUGCCUGAUGAUUUGCCUCAUUCAGAAGCAGGAAUGAGAGUAAAAACUGAACCAAUGGAUGCUGAUGAUAGCAACAAUUGUACUGGACAGAAUGAACAUCAAAGAGAAAAUUCAGGUCAUAGGAGAGAUCAGAUUAUAGAGAAAGAUGCUGCCUUGUGUGUCCUAAUUGAUGAGAUGAAUGAAAGACCAUGAAAGAUGUUUCUUUUUCUUUUUUUCCUUUUGAUAAUAGCAUCAUAUAUUCAUUUUCUUUUGGACAGUCUUAAGAGAAGUUUCACUAAAAAUGUAAACAGCUUUAAUCUUGACUCCAACUUUUUCAAUUAUGAGAUGUCAUAGGCAGUAAUUUCACUGUAUAACAAGCAUAGACAAAUGAGUAUCCCUGCACUAAGAAGAAUCACUUUAAAAAGCAAAGUGUUAGCUGCUGUUGUAUGGGACAUUCCUAUGUUUUAGAGUUGCAGUAAAACUUUGAUGAUAACCUCAAUAAUAGCAAAGUUUUCGUCUUUGAAAAGGGGAUUUAGCAUUUGCUUUAAGAAUGAUAGAUAAAUGGAUAUCACGCUCUAUAAAUGUAAAACUAUGAAAUCUUUAGACUUAUUCCAUUAAAAAUUUUGCUUAAGCUGCAAAAA